CUUCCUCGCGCUCCCGCCAGUGGAAAGCAGGUCCUAUUUGUUUCGGCAAUCGCCGGCGAGCGACAUGGAAGACGGUAGCUCCGACGACUCGGCCGCUCCCUCAUCGACUACAAUAUCUCGUCAUGUUUUUGAAGACGAUGCUGGCGAAUCGGUCUUCACCAUUUCCAUCAUCGAGAAUAUGGAAGAGGAUUACGGGCUUUAUGUGUGGCCUUGCGGUAUUAUCCUUGCCGAGUAUAUUUGGCAGCAGAAAACACGAUUUUCUGGUGCUAACGUCGUUGAGCUCGGUGCCGGUACUUCAUUGCCUGGAUUGGUUGCAGCUAAAUUAGGCGCUAAUGUUACUUUGACUGACGAUGCUAACAGAGUGGAGGUGCUGGAUAAUAUCAGGAGAGUUUGUGACCUGAAUAAGCUCAACUGUAACGUAAUAGGACUUACAUGGGGGGUUUGGGACACAUCAAUAUUCAAUUUACGACCUACAAUCAUUAUUGGGGCCGAUGUAUUGUACGAAAACAGUGCAUUUGAUGAUCUCUUUUCAACCGUGGCCUUUCUUCUCCAAAGUUCACCGGGAUCAGUUUUUAUAACAACCUACCACAAUCGCAGUGGGCACCAUCUGAUUGAGUUCUUGAUGGUCAAAUGGGGGUUGAAGUGUGAGAAGCUUGUUGACGGCUUUGCAUUCAUGCCAUCGCACAAGGCAUCAAAUCUGAGUGGCAAUAUUCAAUUGGCCGAGAUUGUUCUCAAUUGUGAUCCAGUCAAGGAAACUUCUCUGGUGAAAUGACGAGGUUUACAAGUGUUUGGUGGACUUGUUAAGUUCAUGGUCUUUGUCCACUUUGAUGUGAGUGAGAAUGUAUUCCCAGUCUAUUUUAGGCGUUCUCGUAAUUUCAAGUUCAGUGGCAGAUGCCUAGAAAUUUUUGAGAUAACUGUUGAGAAAACUAGUGCGUUACUGCAUUUGUGCAGGUUGAAACUUUAAUUUAGGACUUGUGUUGAAUGAAAUACCUGUUUUUGAGAGUUCAAUUAUAUGCAUUAUUAGGAGCUAUUGUAAAUUUCAAAUCAUCAAUUAGCUCACUUUUUUUUUUGGUUCUU